AUAGGUAGGAAUUAAAUGAUUGGGAUCUAUUGGUUGUUAAUUCCAGCUAACUAGUUUAUAAAAGCAUGCAGCGUCAACAAACUUUAAAUGCAGCCUUUAAAAUACAAAAAAAAAGCAGUUUCCGAAGAUCAAACUCCGGUCCAUCAACGAAGAACAACGUGACACAGUGAAUAAUGACAGCGAAUACAAUUCAACAACAUCUAAACACUAAAAGCAAGACAACUUAUUCAUCAGUCGCCAUAAAUCAACUACCUCAACAUCAGGCUCUUCAAGCCUCCUUACAUCAGUCCUCUAAUUCUCAAACUAAGACCUCUUAUCCUAAGGCCCAAAUUCCCCAUCCUAAGCCUCAGACUGCUCAUCCUCAAUUUAAAACACUAAAAAUGCAUUAA